AUGUCGCGCCCGCUACUUCCCGAGUCAGCAUACGAAGCGCUCGGUCUGUCUCCUGAAACGAUCAAAGACCUGAUGAACCCUAAGCCUGCGCCGGAACCCACCAAGGUUCACGCCCCGAAUCUGCUACAGAGCGACGAGGAUAAUGCACGCCCCAUGUUGCCCAACGAAACGUCGAUAACCCUGUACGCCGAGCUCUUGCUGCAUAUCCGGACAGUAACGCUCUUUGCGUCGCUGCGCACAAACCACUCGCGGCAGACAGACGCGAAGCUGUCCGCCGAUGGCUCCUACAUCACCGUGUCGCAUGAGGGAGAGUCAGCAACAAUACGUCUGCCGAUCAACGUCAAGGGUGCUGGCGAUGCCGCACUCGAAUUACCAUCGCGUCCUCCAAGUAAGGAGCUGACGCUACGCCUGCAACUGGAAGAGAAGGAAGGAAGUGAUCUUUUGGGGGCUCUGCAACGCCAAGACCGACAGGCUAACAUUGUGCCUUGGGACGGUGCCUCGCUGAACGGCGCAGAGGAUGCAGAGAUACUGUGCAAAAGCUGUGAGCGCAUUGUUGUGCCAAAGGGAAAGAUUCAUCAGUGGAAAGAUUUGCCUAAUGAGAAUUGGGCUGAGAUGAUGGACUUCUGGCACUGUCACAAACCGGAUGAGCAUCACUUGCACAAUCACACGCAUGAACAUGCGAUUGGACAGAAGGGCUACGCGGCUGCCAACCGUCUACAGGCAAAGGAAGGGGUGGGCUUUGUGGAUCUCGCAAGCUUCCUCUUUGCGGAAUCUGAUUGUGUGGGCGCGCAGCUAUCUGCCGAAGAGAAUAAAGAAGAAGUAAAUCCGCACACACUCCUCUGCAAACACUGCACCCAACCCCUCGGUAUCCAAGAUCCCCUCACAAACGGCUGGCGCAUCCAUAAAUGGCGCUUAACCCUAUCUUCCAAAUUUGCCAACAUCCCAUCUUUUUUCUACUCACCACAAAAAUGGAUCUCAGCCCGUCUCCUCUUUCUCAUAGAAAACACUGCAGUCCGAAAAUUCCACAUUCACACCCCUACCCCUCCUCCAGACAACACAGUAGAACCCACACCCUCCAUCCUCAUAUGGGUCUUCACCCCAGACCUCCUCUUCUCCUCCUCGAUCCCCUCCCCCAACCGUUUCGACCCCACCCGCUGCAUGAAAAUCUUCUACCAAAGACAAACCUGGGCGCCGCUGCAACCCGGCGACGUUGAGAGUGCGAGUAUAGAAGAUGUAGAGUUUUCCAAAGACUUAUACAACGAGCUGGAUCAAGCGCUACGGCAGAGUCAGCGGUUGUUACCGCCGACUGCGAAGAAGUUUCAGGGGUGGGAUGUUGGGCUUUUGGAGCGGUUUGAGGUUGUGGAAGGGGGAAUGGGGUGGGUUGGGGAGGAGGAGGAAGGGCAGGAAGGGGAGAGAGAAGACGAGGAAGAGGAGAAUGAGUGGGGGAUUCCUUCUGAGCCUGUUGAUUGA